GCGACUUGCGUGCUGCUAUGACAGCAGUCAAUGACUAGAAGAAAACAGAAACGAGGUUUUUUAAUAACAAAGAGGUGUUGUAGCAAGUGACUCGUGAAUUAUUAGUGGUACUGCUUUAAGAAUCGUGUGCUCCAGCAUACUUUGAAUCACGUUAUAAGAAAUAAGUUUGCUCAAAUGCCUGGCGAACAAGAAAAGUUUGAUAAUGUGCUGUUUUCGCUAGCCGAACAGCACCCGGGUGGUGUUCCAGAUCUGUUGGCUACGAUUGCCGGUUUUCUCAAUAGGAAAACGGAUUUUUUCAUCGGUGGCGAGAAGGGCGAAUGGGAGAAACUCGUACUGAAAAUAUUCCGCAAAGAAGCAGAACUGGCACAGGAAGUUGCUCGUAAAAAGCGUGAGGAACGGGAAGCAGCCGAACGUAGAAGAGCCGAAGCUCGCAAAAAGAAGGAAGAAGAAGAAAAACAGAAACCGGAGCAAGACGAGAACCAGUCGGCUGCCAUAACCGAGCUUACCGAUGCCGAGGCCGAAAAAUUGGAGAAGGAAAUAAAGCAGAAGAAAGAAGGUGGCCUCCCGAAUAAAUCGAACGAUGAAGCCGCCUCCUCUUCAUCUUCUGAACCUGUAAAUUCGGAGGAAAAAGACGAAGACGAAGAACCUGAAGAUAAGGGUAAAAUCAAGCCCAACCGAGGCAAUGGGUGCGACUUGGAACAUUACAAGUGGACCCAAACUCUGCAGGAACUUGAACUUAGAGUACCGUUCAAUGUGAAAUUCACAAUAAAAGCUAAAGACGUCGUGGUAAAUAUUCAACGGAAAUCGUUGAAAGUAGGUCUGAAGGGACACCCGCCAAUUAUAGAUGGAGAGUUACACGCAGAGGUGAAAGUAGAGGAAUCAUUGUGGCAUUUAGAUAAAAAUGAGGUUGUUGUAACGUUAGACAAAGUAAAUCAGAUGGGUUGGUGGGAAAAGCUUGUGCUGACGGACCCACCCAUUAACACCCGCAAAAUAAAUCCAGAAUCCUCCAAGUUGGCCGAUUUGGAUGAUAGCACCCGCGGAAUGGUAGAGAAAAUGAUGUUCGAUCAGCGACAAAAGGAGAUGGGGCUGCCGACUAGUGACGAGCAAAAGAAGCAAGAUAUGCUGAAGAAAUUCAUGGACCAGCACCCAGAAAUGGACUUCUCUAAUUGCAAAUUUAACUAGGCUGACAAGUUCGAAUAUUGGCCAUCUAGAUUUAUCUCCUCGCUAGUAUGAGACUACGCGUAAUGCUUAUAAUCCAGUGUAUUAUGUAAAUUGCUGAAAACCGAAUCAGCCAAUAAUCGAAACGGCAUGGUAUAGAGAAUAUAAUAAUAUCCGUUUGAUUUCCAUGCUACUCAAA